AAAGUGAUAGGGGCUCGCUGGUGGCGCUUCCCCACCCCAUCUGACAAGAAAACACAGUUCCGGGUUCUCUCUCCAGCCGAAGAGCUGCUCGCUGCCGCUGCUUCCGACGACGGCGGGACCAUGUCUCUUCUCCUGGAUAACCAAUUCGGAGAGCUGCCUCCUGACAAGUCGGUGGACACGAAGUUGUUCCUGGAGGCCGUCUCUCACCUGCCGUCGUUCUUCGACUGCCUGGGAUCAAAAGUGUUUGGAAUCAUCAAAUCAGACAUUAAUGGCAAUAUAACAAAAAUUAGAGCUGUGUAUGUUCAGGAUCCAGAGAAGUACGUCACCCUGCAGCACAUACUGGAGGCCGAGCGAGAGGCCCACGCAGCUGAGUGGCCCAAAGUUGGAGCAACGUUGGCCCUGAUGUGGCUGAAAAGGGGUCUCCGUUUCAUACAAGUCCUUCUGCAGAGUCUGGCAGACGGAGACAGGGAUGAGAACAAACCUAACCUCAUCAGAGUGAAUGUCAUCAAAGCCUACGAGCAGGCGCUGAAGAAGUACCACGGCUGGAUCGUGCAGAAGAUUUUCGAUGCAGCGUUACAUGCAGCUCCCUACAGAUCAAACUUCCUCAAGGCUCUGUCGAAAGGAGAGGAAGUGAAAGAGGAGGACUGUCUGGCAAAUGUGCGGCUCUUCCUGGUUAAUUACUCUACCACUGUGGACGCCAUCUACGAGAUGUACACAAACCUCAAUGCAGAGCUGGACUACACCGUUUGACGUCCCAGGACGCGACUGGACAGGACGCGCAGGAGGGUCGUCCGUCCCGCCUCUGAAGUUCAGGACAAUUCCCGGCCUCAUAAGAUGGUUUUUAACGAGAUUGUUUAAAUUUUUCCUCCUUUCAGUUUGAUAUUUAUUACUCUGAUUAUGCCUCGCUGAAUAUUUAACGCUGUAUAUUUGGUCUUAAAAUGAUGCCUUAAUUCGAAGCAAACAGAAGCAGAUUAUUAUGUUUGUGUUCUUGUAUGUGGUUUAAAGUGAUUGCGGGAUUGUUGCAGCAUCAGUGCAGCUCUUAUGAAGAAUUAGUUGCUUGUAUCUUUAUGGCAUUAAUUAGCGGCUUUGACCUGUCCCAUCACAGAGAGGAAUACAAGACUGUAAACACUAUUACUGGAAACCAUUUCAGAUGUUCUCUGCCUCCUGAGCCCCGGAGUCACCUCCACUGUCCGUCUGAGAGCAGCGGCCCCAGUAGUCAUUUUUUUUUUAAAUUUCCACCACAGUUGUGUGGUAGCUGGAAUCCAUUUAGUGCCUUGAUGGUAAUCAAUAAAUACAAAAUUCAUCUAUUUGUAAUUCCAUUUUACCUACAGAACAAGAGUGACUUCAUUUUUCUGAGGGCAUCACCUGUGUGGGGCUUGUGGCAUGUCUGUGUUGAGUCAGAGGGUGUGGUCCUCUUGUGUUGUAUUGUUCUGUAGUUUGUUUUGUGUCGAUUUAUGUCUCAACUGACGUAACCUCUUUUUACACAAGCUUUACAAUGUUAAUAUUUCUAAUUUCAGGAGUCAGCACAUCACGUGCGCAUCAACUUGUUUAGCAUUUCCUGUAUAGAUACUUAAAGACAGGCGGUUGUUUGUUUCUGGAUUAUCAACUUUGAUCUCAUUUGUUGUUAAGACAAGAUUUUAAAUUAAUAAUCUUGACUUUGAAUUAAAAAACAAGUAUUAAAAUCUA